UUUUUUUUUUUUUUUUUUUAUACAAAAGGAUGUUUACGAAUGAACUCUUCAUUGAAGUGUUCUUCCAGCUUAAUACUCCGCGAACAAAUCAGACUUUACCUGCAUGUAAAAAAAACAUUCUUUUAUGAAGGUGACUUCGUUCAACAAUGUGUAUUUCAGUACAUCUCUUGGCUUGUGACUUAGGUCAUUCUUUCUGAUGAAGGACUAACCCUGUUUCAUUUGGCAUGGUAUUUGACCGUGCUGGCUGCAGGCGGCCGGGUUACGACGAUCGAGUCUUGUCUACUGACUCUGUUCAAUGUCUCUAGUAUGUGGUGGUAAAAACUAAAAAUUGUAGGCUUUGACUUUGAUAAUUUGCAGUGACAGUUCCUGGGGAUAUCUAAGAUGGAAAUAUCUCGAGUUUGUUUUUGGUUGUAGACUAUUUAGUGUGGGUAUUUUAACAUACCCGAGAAUGUACUUAACCAUAGUACCUCGUAUAUGAAUCUGUCCCAGUGUACAAGUUACGAUACAUCGCACGCUAUGAUAUAUAAUUAGAAAAAUAAGCUCUUACUAUGACUUUGCUUCUAAACACAACCAUAUGAUGCAGAGUGGUAGACAAUGAAUAAAAGUGACAAUAAUUGUAGAUAUCCUAACAAGAUGGCAACUUGCACAUGUGUACAGUUGUUGAUGUUAUGCAAAUGAAUGAAUAUAAUUACGGACAAUUUUUGAUAGACAGGACGCAGAGAUAAGGAUUUAUUUUUUAUGACCCACGGAGAACCAGUUUUAAGACUGAGCGCAUGAGUAGAGAAGAUAGCUCACUCGUGUAUUCCUCGUACUUGAGUUCCUAUCGUGAAACAUCUGUUGUUUGCAGCUAGCAAUUCUAUGUCUGCUUAUGUUCAACCGCCAUUUUGUUCAAAUCUUCCACUAUCCAAAAUGGCGGCGGGUAGCUGAUUCACAAUUACACCGAUGGGUUAUUUUGGGGCCUUUUUAUUGCGAUAGCGGGUCGUUGUUGGAUUUUCGAGCCCUUUGAAGUUUUCUGGCAUAUUAGUGGUUUAUCUAUCGUUCUGGGCUCUCUUUUCUUUGACAUGGACGACUCCGGUGUAUUAGAGAAGAUCGGAAAGAAAAGGUAUCGCCGCAGACAAGAAAGAGAACGUUAUCACACCACCGCUAUCGACAUCAACCAAAUAAACGCCGCCGCGAUGUCCGCCUCCACUCUCACCGCCUCCACAACAUCAACUUCCACCCCCGGAGGUAACAAACUCGCACAGGAGAUUAACGACGAGUUUCUGACAUGUAAAAUCUGUCUGGAGUGCUACAAAAGCCCCAAAUGCCUUGACUGCCUGCACACGUUCUGCGAGCAGUGCAUCGAUAACCAUAUCAUGAAUGAAUGCACCUACAAGAAGUACAGCGACUAUCGAGAGUUCACAUGUCCACUGUGUCGCAAAAGAACACAAUUACCGCUAGGUGGCGUCAAGAAACUUCCGGACAACUUUCUUGUUUCGAGUCUGUCGGAACUUGUUCAGAGACAGAGACCGUCCAAAUUCCCUUUCUGUGACAUCUGUAAGCUCGUUAACAGAAAACACCGCGAAGCGACCUCAAAAUGUUUAGAUUGCAACAAGCUGCUGUGCAAGCAAUGUGUUGAGAUGCACAAAGAAACGAAAGUCACAAAGAACCACAGCAUUUUCGAUGUAGAGAUUGAAAAAGAUAUUGAGUGUAAAGAACACUCGGAAGAAGUUGUUCGCUUCUACUGCGAGCCUUGCGAAGCUUGCAUCUGUGUUCUCUGCACAUUCAAUGAACACAAGGAUCACGAAAUUACUCAGUUUUCGGAGGCAGUGAUUAAGUACAAAGAAACCAUCCAACAUCUUCUUGAUGACUGCAAGGAAAAAAUUGCCACAUACGACACUCAACUUGAAGUUUUGUCUAAGUGUGAAACCGUCAUUCGAAGUACAGAGCAAAAGGUUAGAGAUACAGCUAUCCAAUUCAUCGCCGAUAUCCGAACAAAGGAAAAGAAGUUGAUCGACGAUUUACAUGAAAUAUAUGGUUCCGACGUUAUGGAUUAUGUGGCAAAAAGAAAUGAUAUGCAGGCAAAUGUUGAUAGCUUGAAGAGCACGUGUAGUCUUACUGAACUGGUUCUUAGAGGAAAAGACAUAGAACUUUUGCUUCUCAAAAAGCAAGUUCAGGAGAAAUUGUCAGGAUUAUCAGAGAUUGAAUUACGAGAAUUGCCAAAAACAGUGGAAAAGAGUAUAACAUUUAUUCCUGGUGGAUUAGACAUGGGUACCCUAGAAGACAUUGACGACUCAAAAGCGCCAAAAAUUCGUAACCAGAGAACGUUUGCAGGUAUAGGAUCGCAAAGAAAUGUUCCAGCAGAUCCCCCUAAAUUCUAUCGUACUUAUUCGACGCAAACGGAAGAUGUGGAGGAACCAGAGAAGCCUACGUUUACGGAAUCGUACGUACAAACGGACGUUUUUGGAUCUGGAACACAUGGCGGGACUACGGAUAAGGCAGUAGAGACUGACAAAGUCGAUGUAUUAGAAAAGGGGGUCAAUACACGUUCACGCAGCUUGCAGAGUGUAUCAGGUAUCCAACCGAUUCCAAGAUCUUCGUCACGUGAUGAGAAUAACACCAAUGGAGAAGUGAAUGCACAGGGAGAGCCGAUGUCGCCUACAACUGCCAGACGACACCGCAGGCGCCGAGAACGCCCAAAAGUAGAAGUCUCUUCUAGACCAACCACCAAUCGACCGCAGUCACAAGGCGUGGUGAUCGCUAACGCUGGAGGGCCGUGUCCUGUCCUUACCUACAGCAGUAGCAUCGAUGAAAAUUAUUUCAGUCCAGAGGGAAGUAUUGCUUCUCCAUGAUGAAGGCUUAUUCUAGAAUAGAUUUUAUCAAAUUUGAAUGUAUAGAUCAGCUGGUUCUGAGCGCCACUGAUUUAGAAAGGGAGCAAACUGAAAUCCCUUCCAGGUUUCGUACAUCAUGUUGUUUUUAGAACUAACAAAAAAGUAGCGGCUGAAUGUGCAAUCGUGUUUAUAUAAGCGUAACUAUAGUUCAGUGUUGACGAAUACUCAUUUAAAUAUUCUGUGACACCGUGUACCCUAAGCAUAUCAUUACGUUAGUAGUCCGUUGUUUGGGUGCAACCAAACUUUCUUUCCGUGAAAAACUUGUGCCAAACCAUACACCGAUUCCUUUCCAUAUAUUUGAUUUAGUAACGGGAUGAAGAGACCAUCAGUUUUUAUCCAGUGUGUUUAUCUUACGACAAUUGAAGAUUUUUUUUCCACUGUCUACAUUUGUUAUAUAAUUUUACUAUAUUUCAUCCACAAUUUUGAAGGAAAGAUUGGAAAACGUUAUUUUAUUAGAUGUGAUAUUGUACUUAACGAUGUAUUCCACAUAAUUAUAUAUUAAUAAUAUAUUUUAUAUUCAUAAGCCUUAAUCGUGACCAAUGUACGGAUAGUCACGUGAUCAAUAUUAUCUGCGACUCAUCAUACAGAUGGAAUUCGAAAAGAGUUGAAGAGAGUUCCUUCCAGACUUUUCUGACAUGUUGAAGUAAAACUCUUUCUGUGGAAUGAGAAAAGUUUUAUCAUCAUAUGAUCCGGAAAAGUGGAUCUAAGGGGAGUGGAUCUAGGGGUUUUGGAAGGAAUGCUCUGUUGAGCAAAUUCUUGAAUUAAAUAGGCUUAGUGUGUAUUUAGCAACAUACAUGUAGCUUAUACCACUUUUAGAUGUUACACUGUUAGAAACUGUUCACAUUAAAUUUAUCUGUGAUAGAAAA